AUGCCUUCAGCUGCGCUGCAAUCAAGGAUCAAAGCUUUCGAGGCUCUCGCCGACCAGCGUCCUUCUCAAACGACGACGAAACCUUCGUUUGUCGUUUUGAAGGCCAAAUAUCCUCCUUCAUCUAGUACUAACCUCCUGGAAUCACCUAUCUCACCUACCUCAAACUCAUUCCAACCAAUUGCUCCAUUUACCCCGCCAAAGUCUUUAAGCAGGUCACCGUCACCGUCGCCUCCAAAUCUGGGUCGUAGAACCUCAUUAAUUGACCUCAAAGACUGGAUUGUAGAUGAUGGUCCGAACAAAGCACCGUCCGGUGUUUCCCACCACAAUGGCAGACAUCUGAGAGGCUUUCCAGAUCUCAGCAGAACACCCCCACAGGUUGCCCAUAAACCUUCUGCUGCUCGUUCAGCACCGAUGUCUUCAGCGCCACUCAUUAACUUGGAAUCGCCCCCAAAGUCACGCCCGCCCCUCCCACCACGUAAACCUUCAUAUACAUCAACAAAUUCUUCACCUUCAAUUUCCAAUUCUGCUAUCUCUGACAGCAGUGCUACUCUACGACCCCCAGGGCGCUCAGAUUCGCUCACCGUAGAGCACACUUACCCUCCACCCCGUUCACAUGCUUUUGGCUCAGCUCGCGUAAGCCACGCGCCCGCUUCUUCCAUUUCAUCAUUUCAUUCCGUAUCACUUUCUUCUGAUGGAAACGACCCGAAACCCACAAGCCCAAGACUGUCCGUGCAGUCAUCGCUUGUGACAAAUGGCGAUAACGAUGGCAGCGUGGACGGGGACAUCGUGAGCAUCGCUGACUCAUUUGAGAAUGUGUCUGUGACUUCCGCGAUAAGUCCCACCACCAACGUCCCUUUUGAUUGGUGGAAGGCCAUUAGCAAUGGCAAUGACAUGCCUAGGCCAGAGCCUCCAAAACUACCUCAGCGACCAGGUACAAAAUCGCUCUUGUCGCCCUCUGUUUCGAGAUCAGUGUCAACGUCGUCAUCUAUGGUGCUCACCACUCACCGACCCCGACCUCCACCUCCACCUCCACCGCCACCUUCUCAAUCACGUACCAAACUUCCUUCUUCCCGCACAUCACCCGCAUCCACCUCCGCAUCUAUCUCCGAUCGCUCGUCCAUCCUAAGCAACGCAACCACUAAUUCCCUGACAAGCAUAAGUACCACAAGCAUAAGCACCCGACACAGCGGGCAGUCGACGCACAAAGCCUCGUUACUCCUGCGACCCACGCCAGUUCCGCCUGCCGCACGGGCACGCUACGAAGCCUUGUUUGUUACGACUGUGAUCAGUCGACGGAAAGCUGCCAAGAAAGUCAAACCGAAGUCCCCACCAUCAUCCGCAUUAUCAGUAAAAAAGAGCAGGCAAGCUGCUGGCUGGAGAGGGCUUUCAGUUGACCUGAUCACCAACCCGGAGGAUCAUCCUAUACCUCCCUUGAAGGAGGCAGAAAUCGAUGACGACAACACAGAACUAGUUCCAGUUGGACCUGAAGAGAGACUAGGUGGCCGAAUAGUGAGACUCAUCUGGAGCGCUUCAAAACUUGACCGCAGUAAACUGCGAGAUAUAUGGAACGACUGCGAUCCAUCCUCGACUGGCCUUCUUGAUCGUGAAGCAUUCGUCAAGGGAAUGUGGCGAAUCGACGAAGAACUCCGGAGAGCCCAGCUGGCUAGACGAACGUCUGCGCUCAGCGCCGCUUCGUCGCAGCGCAUUCCCCACCGCCCGAAGAAUGCGAGCAAUCCAAGAUUGUUAUUGCAAUAG